UAUUCAUACAGUCAAUUUUCGCGUUUUAGCGUUACACGCAAUUUUGUGUAUGAAUGAAAUAUUAAACGGAAUUAGAUAGCCUUUUUUCUGUUAUAAUGUAACGAAUACUUCGUACCACACGUAAACCUUUGUCUGUCAGCGUUAUGACGUUUCUUUAAAAUUUCGGAAGGACUUAUUUAUUUGCAUGUCAGUCAAAAUGGAUAUAUUUACGAUCAUUUAAAAAAAACGGAAAUGGAGAAUGAGCCGUCCUUUGUUGAAUCUCCGGUGGAACCACUGCGGUUUAAAGUUUCAACCAUGGUUUUCGAUGCUUUGGAGGAGAUGUAUUUUGCCGGAAGACAUACCGAUGUCCAAAUAAUAGUACAGGAUAAAUCCUUCCGCUGUCACAAAAUAGUCCUUGCUUCCGUUUCAGAAUACUUCGACGCCAUGUUUUUGUCAGGCAUGCGCGAAUGUUAUGAUGGAGUUGUCCGACUUCAAGGUAUUGAAAGUUCAACUUUUGUCGAUAUUCUUGACUUUGUUUAUUCGGGAAAACUAAAUAUCUGUACUGAAAAUGCGGAAGAUCUGUUGCGAGCGUCUGCCUUGUUUCAAAUCAAAUUACUACAUCAGAAAUGCGAGGAAUUUCUGAUUGGACACAUUUCAAUCGAAAAUUGUAUCGGUGCAUGGCGCCUGGCAAAGGCACACGAAUGUAAGGAGCUUGCAAAAAAGGCGUGGUAUGUGAUUCUUGAAAACUUCACCGAUGUUUGCAAAACUGAAGAUUUCAAUUUCCUUGACGCAGAUGAAAUGUACGAAAUCAUAAAUGAUGACGACUUGCAAGUAACGAAUGAAGAAAUUGUCUGCGACUCAGUUUUUCGAUGGUAUCGAUUCGAUCCAGAAAACCGAAUGGAGCAUACCUCUAAACUGUUUGAGCAUUUAAGAUUACCGUUGUUGAGUUCCGAAUAUCUGCUCAAUGAGGUAGAACCGAUGGAGCUUGUCGUCAACAAUCAGAAAUGUCGUGAUAUUGUCAGGGAGGCAAUCAGUUAUCAGAUGUUGCCUUCUAGAAGACCGGAUUUUAAUUCUCCAAGAGUGACCUUUCGUCGGUAUGCCAACAUGGAAGAAGUCCUUGUUGUCAUCGGUGGAUACAACGCAUCCAAUGAGCGAGUUGCGGACGUUCUCGCUUACAGUUUUGCCCGGAAAACGUGGUUCCAACUGAUGUCGUUGCCAUGGAAACUGGGUCGCGAAUUUUCAGCUUGCGUUUUUGGCAAUGAUAUUUUUGUCUCCGGGGGAUCUCAAAAGCUCGAUUCUUUGCUCCAGUUCCGCUCAGACAACAAUGAAUGGGUUCGGUGCCCGAACAUGAUCCAGGGACGCAGAAGACACGCUAUGGUUGCCGUAGGUGAAUCUUUGUUUGUUCUAGGCGGCUAUGACGACAAUCAAACAGAAGAAUCAAAUAGGACACUUAAUGACAUCGGAGAAUAUGCUAUAACUUCACGCACAUGGUCGAAAUGUGGUGAGCUAAAUACACCUGUCCGUUCUACGACAGCUGCCGUAAGUAAAGAAAAAAUAUUCAUUUUUGGUGGUUUGCUAGCAGAUGAAAAAGAAACAAACAUUGUACAAUGCUUUGACACUCGUUUGAAAACUUGUACCCGUGUGGAUAAUCUGCCUUACGCUUGCAAACUCAGUCGAGCUGUUGUCUGCGACAAGCGAGUUUUUAUCGUCUGUACGGAUGGCAAUGUCCUAGGUCUUACAGAAGAUGGCGUGUGCAAGCCUGUUGCUAGGAUACGACACUUCAAUCGCAGACGCUUUGGAGCAAUACACCAUAAAGGAAAUAUUCUGCUGAUGGGUGGUGAAUGUGGUACAUCGGUUUUCAGAGAUAUAUUUACGUUUAAUCCGGACACGGAAAAGUCGUGCACGAUCGCAAGAAAAAAUGUGCCAUCGCGAGCGAAUUUCGCAGGCCUGAAAUUGAUUCUUCAUAAAAAGUUUCUCAAAUAUGAAAUCAAAUUUGAUUCCGGGAAAAUAAGUAAUCAGACAGUACACACAAGCUAAAGUGUCAAAGAUAAACAAGGCAAUCAAAGACGACAAGUGUUACUAUCGUUAUCCUGGUUCCUUUGUCUGUCUUAUAAAUAUGUCCCUGUCAUGUUAGUAUGGCUUCUUUAGAUUGUCCAACACGACAUACUUUUAAACUUCUACCUUUUAUGAAAAAAUAAGGUUUGCGAUAAAACAGUACCUCGGCGAAACAUAUUGUGGCCUAUACAAGCUACGUGAUUUAAGAAUGAAACGUCCAGUAUAGCAUGACAACAUGGUGAACUUGUAUAACGCAGACAAGUAUUUUUGUAGAUACACAAUUAUUUUAUCAUUGGCGGUACAGACUUUUGUGCACCACUGUAGUCUAACCACUAUAGU